GUCUCUCCUGCCCACCAUGGCUCUGUGGCUCCGCUCCCUGCCUCUGCUGGCGCUGCUGGCCCUCUCCAGCCCCGGGAGCAGCCAGGCUGCCGUCAACCAGCACCUCUGCGGCUCGCACCUGGUGGAGGCUCUGUACCUGGUGUGCGGCGAGCGCGGCUUCUUCUACCAGCCCAAAGCCCGGCGGGAGGUGGAGCAGCCCCUGGUGAGUGGUCCCUUGCAUGGUGAGCUGGGAGAGCUGCCCUUCCAGCAGGAGGAGUUUGAGAAAGUGAAGCGAGGCAUCGUUGAGCAAUGCUGCCACAACACCUGCUCCCUCUACCAGCUGGAAAACUACUGCAAUUAGCAGCAAGGCUGGAGCUGGGGAGCUCAGGGGCCACGGGCAGACACUUGCACUUAUGCUACUGCACCUUCAAAGCAAUUGAAUAAAUGUUGUUGGAUCUAUUGGAA